AUGGAAAUCAUUGAAUUAAAAGAGGAAGAGGCUUAUAGAAUAUCAGAUCCAACUGAUAUUGUUUAAGUGACCCUCAUAGAAGGAGCUGUUGAAAUCUUUGGUUAAGAAUUAUUGAUGAAAAAAUUAUAUGAAUUCCCUCCACAUAAACCAUUUUCUUUAUUCUGUUGGGUUCAAUCAAAAUUAAAGAUUAAAUAUAAAUCUAAAGAAGAUUAGCCAGGAUAUAUCUUUAAUGAAGAAGAAUUAAAUUAUCAUAAAAUGAUGCAUGAUUUUCUCAAGAUAAACCAUGUUUUAGAAUCCUAAAGGCAAAUGUCUUUUCAGCUAACUGAUAAAAUUGGUCCUAGAUUGUUAGUCUUGGGAAGUCAUUCUUGUGGCAAAAACACUUUAUGCAAGACUCUCAUCAAUUAUAGUUUAGUGUAUGGAUGGAAACCAAUCUAUGUGGACAUUGAUCCCGAUAAUCAAUAAAGUGAAUAUCCUCAUUCGAUAAGAGCUGAAGUUCAAACAUGUGUUAAAGAGUAAAUGUAGAAGAACAGAGUUACCUAUUAUUUUGGAUAUUAAUAUAAGGAUAUCGUAAGAGAUAUUUCAAAAAGAAUGUUAUUUGAUAGAUUAACAGAGGAAUUAAGUGUGUAAGUAGAUAGAAAAUUGUAGGCAGAUCUUGAAAGAGCGAAGGAAUAGAAGGUUUAGAUGUUGAAUUAACUGGGGAAAGUUAAAGAUUAAAAACUGUGUGAGUUAAUCUACAUGAAAUCCCAAGAAGACAAAGAUGAGAAGGAGAUAUAUGCCAGUGGGAUCUUUGUAAAUUGUCCAAAUUUCUUAGGCUUGCAUAAUCAAAUAAUGGAGUAGAUUAAGUUCUUAAUUGAAAAAUUUAAAAUCACCAUGGUCAUCGUAAUUGACAAACCAGAUAUCUACAGAGAUCUUGAUAAAAUUUAAGAUAUCAUUGUUUACAAAAUGGAAAAACUCAAGGGAGUUGUUGAUUCCUAUAAUCUAAAAGAAUUAGAAUCAUUAAAUUAUACUUCUUUCUAGAGUAGUCAAUCGAUACCCGAGUAUUAAUUGGAACUAUAUUAAAUGCAAGUGAGAGAAGAUAAAUAAAUAAUGUUUGAGAAAACAAAAUCUACUAACAUAGUUAAAUUAACUAUUGCAGUUCUUCAUCUCAAAAAAACAUAGCUCGAAGAAUCUAAUACCGAGUUAAACUCAAAAUUAAUUUUAUAAGCUCCUUUGGCAUUCUUAGCAUAUGUUGAUAACUUCGAUAAGGACAAAGGCUAUUUAAUUUAAAUACCAAAUGACAAUUGUCGCCAAACAUUAUAAAAUAACGUUUGUAUUAUAGGAAGAUGA